AUGGAGCGGGCCAUCCUUCUGGUGGCCUUCGUCGCUCUUGGCUUCCUCGCCGUCUCGGCUCGCGGCGAGGUCGUCGAGCACACCUUCCGGGUAAGCGCCAUGCACAGGCUCCUCGUCCUCUUUCCCUUCCAUUCUCUCUGUCGAUCGACUCGACGGACCGAGGCUCCGUGCUAAAGCUCGCGAUCAUCCCGACACCACGUAGUUAAGCCUUUUCGCUCAGCAGAUAAUGCGGUUCCUUGGAUCACGAGCGAUCUCAAUCGCCUACAGAGCUGCUUAUCUUCCCGACAAACAACCAUGUAGAGCUUCGUGUAGAGCCCUAAGAGCUGGUUGUCGUCGAUUAGGGUGAUCUCUUCGAGUCUCUACUUGGGUAGCCUUCGAGUUCUAGGCUGACAUCUCCAGGAAGAAUAUGCACGCCCAUGGCGCGUCUUAAGUCUUCAUUCUACGUGAUGCUGUCCUUAUCAGUCGGUACACAUACGACCCAGCAAACAUACGACCCGGCUGGCCACUUUACCGAACCCGCAGGGUUUCUCUUAUUUAUUAUCCCCUCUGUCGAGUUUGCUCCGUCAAACCGUUUCCUUCGCUUUGGUGUUCGCUCAGGUUGGAAACCUAACGAUCCGCAAGCUGUGCCAAGAGAGGACGGUGGUGGCUGUCAAUGGUCACUUUCCCGGGCCCUCCAUCACAGCCCAUGAAGGCGACUCCGUCGUCGUUCACGUUAUCAACGGCUCCCCAUACAACAUCACCCUCCACUGGUAUGAAACAUCAUCAUCCUCCAUCUACCGGCAAUUUAAAGUCAAAUACGGUAUCGUUGGGGGGCGGGGGAGGGGGGACUUUGCUGACGGAAUCUGUGGCUCAGGCACGGCAUAUUCCAGCUGCUGACAGCGUGGGCGGACGGACCGGGAUACGUGACCCAGUGCCCCAUCCCCCCCGGGGGCCGCUACACAUACAGCUUCAACAUCAUCGGCCAGGAGGGCACCCUGUGGUGGCACGCCCACUCCUCCUACCUCCGCGCUACCGUCUACGGGUCGUUCACCAUCUACCCUCGCGCCGGGCCCGGCGCCUACCCCUUCCCCAAGCCCUACAGAGAAGUACCUCUCCUUCUCGGUAAGUGACGACGUCGAUCGAACUUUGAUCCUCAUUCUCCUCACUUUAAACACGGAAAACAUUGAAAUCACGUUAUUUCUCUUCGUGUGUUUUUUAUGACCUUCGAUUAAAGCCCGUCGCUUGUUGACAAAUCUGUUCAAAACCCGAAAAUUAGCAGAUCAUCCCCCAUUUGACCAAUCAACCAUACGCGGGCACAGGGAGAUUAAGGCGACGUGAUUGAUAAUACACUGUUUAUUGUUUUUUCCGUGAGUUGUGACUUCGAUGUGUUGGGCAGGCGAGUGGUGGAACGCCAACGUCGUCGAUGUCGAGGAGGAAUCUCUCUCCACCGGCGGAGCGCCAAACAUCUCCGAUGCCUUCACUAUUAACGGGAGGCCGGGAGAUUUGUACCCUUGCUCUCGGGACCGUGAGUAAAAUUACCCUCCAUUCGCCAAUAAUAACUUUCAAUUUACCAUGCUUAGUAUAGAAGUAACCAUCAUCAAUGUAACUAAAAUACGGUCCCAUGCAUCUUGUUUGGCCAGAAACUUUCAAGCUCAGGGUGGUGCACGGGAAGACCUACUUGCUGAGGAUCGUCAACGCUGCACUCAAUCAGGAGCUCUUCUUCAUGGUGGCCGGCCACAGCCUCACGGUGGUCGCCAUAGACGCCAGUUACACCGUGCCGUACCCCACCGACGUGGUGGUGAUUGCCCCUGGACAGACCGUGGACGCUCUCCUCGACGCCACUGCCGCCCCGGGCCGGUACUAUAUGGCGGCGCAUACCUACGCCAGCGUCGCCGGCGUACCCUUCCCCAAUACCACCACAACCGGCAUAUUAUACUAUGAGUCCUCGCCGCCGUCGUCUUCUCCGCCGAUCAUGCCGGCCCUCCCUGCCUUCAACGACACCCCCACCGCUCACAAGUUCUACACCAAUCUGUCGGCGCUCCUGCGCCCGUGUGACCCCCAAGUCCCCCUCGCCGUCGACGAGGAGAUGUUCAUUACAUUUGGGCUGGGCCUGGUUCCCUGCGACAGGAAGAACAGCACAUGUGCCGGUCCCUUCGGAGAGAAGUUUGCGGCCUCCAUGAGCAACAACUCCUUCCAACUCCCCACUGAGCUGUCUCUGCUUCAGGCCCACUUCUUCAAGGUGCCCGGCGUUUUCACGCUGGACUUCCCCGACCGGCCGCCGGUAGUCUUCAACUAUACGAGCCCCAACGUCACCCUCGACGUGGGGCUGCUGCAGACGGUGAAGCAGACGAGGGGAAAAAGGUUCAAGUACAACUCCACGGUGGAGGUGGUGCUGCAGAACACGGCACUGCUCGGCACGGAGAACCACCCCAUACACCUACACGGGUUCAACUUCUUCGUCUUGGCGCAGGGGUUCGGCAAUUACAACCCCACCGUCGCCAAGAGGAGCUUCAACCUGGUCCAUCCUCAGGUGCGGAAUACCAUAGCGGUGCCCGCCGGCGGCUGGGCCGUCAUCCGUUUCGUUGCUAAUAACCCUGGUGAGGAUACAUAUUCCAAAACUUUGAGUUAUAGCCCGCGAAGAUCAUUAUUUUUCCAAGUUCCGACUCUCUUAUCUCCUCCCAGUUACCGAUAGUCGAAAACGGGUUUCUUUCGUUCCUUGGUAUCGCUGACAGUUUGUGGCCUGGAACCGCAGGUGUCUGGUUCAUGCACUGUCACAUAGACGCCCACAUGCCCUGGGGCCUUGGGUUGGUUUUCGUGGUGGAAGACGGGCCCACCCCAUCGUCGAAGCUCCCCCCGCCGCCCGCCGACCUCCCCCGCUGCUAA